AUGAUCUGUCCAGACUGUGGCAAAGGUAUUGAAGCAACAUUCAAAUUCUGCCCCUACUGUGGAAAACCUUUGCCUACAGAGAAGCAUGAGGAGUCCCAGUCCUUUGUUAAACCGUUUACAUCAUCCUCCCGAGGCUCAAGGAGAAAAAGGAACACCAGUUCCGAAACAUCUUCCAAGAAAGUGAAGUGGUCCAGCUAUGCUACCUCCCCCUCCUUCUCCCUCCCCUCGGAAGAUAAGAGUUCUGGAUCUGAAGACACCUUGAGUACCAGUGGGAAACCCAAAGGGAACCUGAGCAGAUCCCCAACUCCCCGUAGCAGCCCUCAGACGACCAGACAAAGCCCUCAGACCCUGAAGCGAAGCCGGAUGACCACCUCGCUGGAGGCUUUGCCAGUGGGGACGGUGUUGACAGACAAGAGUGGGCGGCGCUGGAAGCUGAGAUGCGUCCAGACCAGGGAUGACCAGGGCAUUCUCUAUGAAGCUGAGUCUGACUCCACCACCGGCAGCGAGACAAGCCCCCAGAAACAAAGAUUCUCACUUAAACUAGAUGCCAAGGAUGGGCGCUUGUUCAAUGAACAGAACUUCUUCCAGCGGGCUGCCAAGCCUUUGCAAGUGAACAAGUGGAAGAAGCUGUACUCAAUCCCGCAGCUGGCCAUCCCCACCUGCAUCGGUUUCGGCAUUCACCAGGACAAGUACAGGUUCUUGGUGUUUCCCAUCCUGGGGAGGAGCCUUCAGUCAAUCCUGGAUGACUUCCCAAAGCACGUGAUGUCGGUGAGGUCUGUGUUCCAGAUGGCCUGCCGCCUGCUGGAUGCCCUGGAGUUCCUCCAUGAGAGUGAGUACGUUCAUGGCAACAUGACAGCUAAGAAUAUCUUCGUGAAUCCACAGAACCUAUGCCAGGUGACCCUGGCAGGCUACGGCUUCACCUUCCGCUAUUCACCAGGUGGCAGACACGUGGCUUACACCGAAGGCAGCAGGAGCCCACAUGAGGGGGACCUUGAGUUCAUUAGCAUGGACCUGCACAAGGGAUGCGGGCCCUCCCGCCGCAGUGACCUCCAGACCCUAGGCUACUGUUUGCUAAAGUGGCUCUAUGGGAUCCUGCCAUGGACAAACUGCCUUCCCAACACCGAGGAGAUCAUGAAGCUGAAACAGAAGUUUCUUGACAACCCAGAGGGCCUCGUGGGACAGUGCAGUCGCUGGAUCACCCCCUCAGAGACCCUGCAGGAGUACCUGAAGGUGGUGAUGGCCCUCCAGUACGAGGAGAAGCCGCCCUACUCCACACUGAGGAACAAUCUGGAAGCCCUGCUGCAGGACCUGCGGGUAUCUGCCUACGACCCCUUGGACCUCCAGGUGGUACUCUAG